CUUCCUUCCUUCCUUCCUUCCUUCCUUCCUUCCUCCUUCCUUUCCUUUCUUCUUUCCUUCAAUCUUGUUUUUUCUUUUUCCUUUUCUCUCCUCUUUUCUUUUCCUCUUGCUUUUCCUCCUUCAGAUAUCUAGCUGUCUCUAACUCCCUUUCCUCUCUGCCCCCUCUCCCAGUGUCACACGCCCUCUUAGUUCUGUGUGUCUGCAAACUUUUGAACAGAAUCUUCUCAUCAGCAAACAAGUCCUCCUCCUCUUCCUGCUCUCUUGCUGCAGCUUUUCUUUAGACAGGAGAGGGAGGAGGUGAUGCCACUUACGUUGUGAACUAUUUCGACUGAAACUUGGAGGAACAGUUUGUCUGCUGUCCUAAUUGGAAUCAAACGCUUUCCGUGCUGAGGUUUAAGAGUUGAAUGAAUGGAAAUGUGUAGCAAAGCGACUCUAGCUUUGCUGAUCUAUGGAAUACUAAUGCAUAGCAGCGUUUACUGCUCACCUGCAGCCGGACUCCAGUUUCCUGCUUUCAGGCUGGAGGAUGAAGCUUAUGAUGAGGAUGGGAACACUCUGCAAGACUUCGCCUUUGAUAAUAACCGUUUAGGCUUAGGAAACACUGCAUCCAUGCUGGGGGACGUGUACACACUCUAUUAUCCACCGGAAGACAGACAAACGGAUGAUAUAUUGAAUAAAGCCUACCGGAAAGUUCUGGGCCAGCUGUCUGCGAGGAAGUACCUGCAUUCUCUCAUGGCCAAACGCAUAGGAAUGGGUAGCGGCGUGGAGGAUGAUUCUGAACCGCUCUCCAAGCGCCACUCUGACGGGAUCUUCACGGACAGCUACAGCCGCUACCGGAAACAAAUGGCUGUCAAGAAAUACUUGGCAGCGGUCCUGGGGAAAAGGUAUAAACAAAGAGUUAAAAACAAAGGACGCCGCAUAGCGUUUUUGUAGCAAUGAGUAACUACCAGUCACCCUGUGUGUAUAGUCCUCUUAACAGAAUGAAAAGUCAUUUCCAAAACUGACUGAACAGUCAUCGCGCCUGUGUUCUAUCUAAACAUGUAUUUAUGUAUGAAGUAAAGCCAUUAAAUGAAUAUUUUGAUAAUAAUAUUGUUUUUCUUUUGUACAAAGCACUAGAGAACUCACAGAUCUACUUUGUGGACCAAUCAUUUAAGUUAUAUAUACUAUUAUAAAUAUAUAUAAAUAUAAGAGAGCAAUUCAUAUAAAGUGUGCACAAGGAAUGAUAAAUUCGCCUGAGCUGUUUAUGUUUUUAUAUAAAAUAAAUAGAAAAAAAGACAAUCAUUGUUUUGGAUAUUACUCCUAUUUUUGUAACUGGAAUUAAAAGGAUAGUAUUUUUAUCCACGACAGGGGUGAAGACAUUAAUAUUGACCAUUUGCUACUGUACAUAAAUACUGAUGCCCUCUACAAGGGAAUUAUAAGGCUAAUGAUUUGGGAGAAUUGCUGAAGCACAUUCUUCCCCCCCCCCCCCCCCCCCGUGAGUCUCCUUAAAAAAAAAAGGCUGCUUUAAUCCAAGCCUAUCUUAAAGGGGCACUAUCCCCCUUUCUAUGGAUUUCAAUUUUUUGCUUUCUUUGAUUCCACUUUUAUAUGUAUUUGUGUCUCCUCAGUGAGCUUAGAAGUUAAUUCUCUUGUGGUGAAACAACAGCUCUCUCCAAAUUGUGCCUCUCUGUUGACUUAGAACAAUUCAGUAAGGAGGAGUUAGGGAAGGAGGAAAGACAUAGGCAAAGAAGGGUGACUUGUAAAAACAAACGAGUCCCCUCAUUCUCUGUUCUUUAUGGAUCAGUUCAAGGACCAAAGACCUGAAAUUAGAGUAACUGAAUUAAGGAAUUGUAAUUUAGACAUAGAAAGAGUCACAGUUUGAGGCAGAAAAGGAAAACCCCAGAGAAUUUUGAGCGGUCAGAGGGUCUGAGUAUCUUGAGGCAAAUACAAUCCCACUAACUGACCUUGGGCAGCUCGGUAUUGGAACUUGAUACAAAGUAUAAUGUGUUUCUCUCCAGUGCUGUCCAUGCUUCUCAUCAUGUGAAAUGACCAGGGUUCUCUGCUUUGAACUAUAUUCAAUUGGAGUUGCUCAUUUAUUUGUUGUUUUCCUGUAGACCCUUCUUCUCCACCCCCCUCCUGCACUAUUUAGUCAUUGUUUACCCUUUUCAUUCACUUCUUUAAAAAUUGUGAAUGCCUGUUCUCACUCUUUUGUUCUGUUUUAUGCAAGUUCUUAUUGUAAAGUUUAGGAACCCCUGUUGUAGCUACCACUAAAUAAUUAUGCACUAACUACAAAAGUUUUGUUCCUUAUUUAUUGAGUUUGGAGGUAAAAUGUAUUUUUCUACAUUAUUGCUUAUUGCUUAGUAAAAUUUAUUUCAUAAAUCCAUUUUGUCAUAUUAAAAUGUAUAGUGUUUACAUACUGUUCAGUUCUACCCACUGAUAAACCAUUUUAACAUCAUCUUUAUAUGUAUGAGUACUAUCUUACCUUUUUUUUUUUUUUUGGUCAAGAGUGAGACAAAACAGCCUCUGUCAGAUCCAGAGAACUUCCUGGUCCUCUUUGAUUAAAGAGGGCAUGUCUGUUUGCUUCUUGUCAAGACACUAAACAUAUUCUAGAGGAAUCUCUAUACAAAAGUACCCCAAGCUAACUGCCUCCCCAAACAACAGAGAAUCCAGCCAGUCACUCCCCUAAAUUUGUCACUGAUUUCUUGAAAGGAAAAAAAAAGACAGCGUGUAAAGUUUAAAAGACCUUUCAUUUUCCUUUACCAAUUUGAUCAGUAUGAAGUCAUAAAUCAAAGAAAACAGAAUUGGAUUUGCAAUCCCAAGUCGGAUGGAUACUGCUAGCCGAUCGCAUUGCAAACAGUAGUACCACAGAGACAUUCGAUCUGUGCCCAAGUCUUGUGUAUGAAAUCAAUCUUACUUUAAUUUUGCAUUCUCCUCAGGCAAUGUGACGCAGGAUGCAGUUUGCAGCUUUCGUGCCUUUCUUCGCCUUUUAAAUCGCCACGAAUCACAGAUGGCUAUUUAGUGGCCCUACAAUGCUGCAACACAUCAGCUUGCAUUUUAGUCUUAAUUAUUUGUUUCUUUGGUAAUGGGCAGACUUUUCUGUGUUUGUGUCAGCUGUAGUAGUGAAAUAGAGAUCUAGUUAGCAUUUUAUUUAUGAAGUAUAGUUUAGUGUUCCAGUGGCUAGCUGCAAACAUUAUAUAGAUAUCACAUAGAUUAACCUUUUGUAUACCUUUUAGUAAGCCAAGAGCCUUACCAAAUUGGAUCAGAUUUAACUACGGUCAUCAUUUAGGUAGAUAUUAGUCUUGAAGAUCUUAUUUUGUGUGCAACUGAUUAUAAAAAUUUAAACAAGUAUGGCUACACACAUGAUAUCUAUAACUAGGACUUUGAUAACUGUUAUAUAAGUGUGUAAAAUUUGUAUUAAUAAAUUUUUGUAAACAAUGCAACCUCGUCUAAUGUUUGGAGAAAAAAGACACCUAGAGAAUAACAUGGAAAUCUGUAUACCCUUAAAAAUCUAAAAGAGUAGAUUUUCUUUAGAAAAAUAAUAUUUUUUCAUGUUUAGAAUACAUCUCUCUAUAUAUAAUCAUCUAUGUAUUUUCAUGAACCAUACUUCAACAUUUGGUUGAUGGGUUACUGGAUUUAAGUAAAUUUAAAGUAGUUACUGAAGUAGAACAAAGAAGAUGUAAGUUGCUAAAUAGUUGAAAAUAUUGGAACAUUAAUAAAAGACACAACCAAGAUUAAACUGGGUCCCUAAGGAACAUUUAUUUUACAGCAUUUUAAAUGCUAGAAGGCAUAGGUUAGCAGCAUGGGACAAAAGACCUUCUGCUGUCCUUUAACAAGUAAUUUUGUAGACUAAAAAUGCUUUCGGUGUUUUGCAUUUAAAGUUAAUUUAAAGCAUCUGCUUUGGAGGUUUAAACAAUAUGUAGCAAGAGGCAGAAAAAGAAGUUUCAUUAAAAAUGCACUUGUAGCAAUCAAAAGGCAUUUUUGCAGAGCGUUAAUUAGACACCUUUAAAAGGAGCUCUAAUUCUUGGCUAGAGGAAAUGUAGAAAGGCAUUUGGCAAUUUUAACAUUUAUCAGUUCACCUAAGAAGGUUGAAAGCAAAAUCAUCACCUACAGGUCUCCAGAAUGACUGGAAAAUUCUCAGCAUCCUUUACAAGCCCAUGGUUAUUUUGGCUAAAUCAGAUGCUGGAAUUAAAAGUUUUUUUU